UCCAACGGCGACGACGACGACGACGAUGAGCCGCGGCGGCGACCGGAAUCCAAACGGCCUAAAAUCUUCACUCCUCCUUCUCAUCACCAACUCCAGCCCUAAUUUUCAGGUUUAGGGCACCCUCCUCCGAUGAAGCGUCUCUGAACCGAAACAGUCGUCAACGUUCAAACAGAUGCUCCGGCUCCGGGAAGAUACUUAUCCAAGCGAGAGCGAGCUCUCUUGAGUAAGAGUGCCCCGGUUGCUGAACAGUCCCCUGUUGAUGAUAAUCAGGAUCAGAACCCUGAUGCUCUCACUUCCCCUGGUACUGUGACUUUACAACUUUGGGCUGGUGGGUUUCGGUUUUCUGCUUGCUCACGAAUGUGUUAAUUUUUCCUUGUUUGAUGUGUUGUUGAUGAGGUAAUGUUUACUUGAUAUCCUUCAGUUGUUGAAUUAUGAGAUUAGCUGGAGCACCGGGGGCAAAAAAGAAGUUGAUUGAAAAACAGUCUCGUGUUGAUAUUUGGUGUUAGAGGCUUGCAAGUUUGUUGUUUGCAUGUUUACAUUGUUGGAACAUAGAAGUAAUCGGGAUCAAGUUUCUAUCUUGCCGAAGUUUUGAUGUGAUUUUGUUCUGCUGUUGGUGCUUGUUGCAUUCUCUUAUUGGUGGGAGGGGGAGGAAAAGUUUUGUACGUGGCAGAACUGAAUCCUUAGUUGAGUGAUAUUAGGGACUACCAAAACUGUUAGUCUUGCUUAGAUCGGCUUACAUAGGGUAUCAUGUCGAACUGCAAGGAGCUGAGAGCUCAAUAAGCUAGUAUGUUUUGCAUCGCCUAUUGAAGUCGAUGUGGAUCUGUCGUAAAAUGACGCUGUAGCUUAACAAUCCUUUAGAACUCAAUAUGUUUCUAGUUUUCAACUUAUGGUGCUGUAUGCUUUUUUUUUCUUAAUUACCUACAUUCUUGAUUCUCCUUUCAUGCCCUUAUCUUCUUCAUAUUUCACUUAUGGUUUGCAUCUUUUUCUAGCUCAUGUCUUUUCUUUCCUGUCUCAUCAGUUCGAGUAGGUAUCAAGGAUUCAGAUUUACCCUAUGAUAUCGUAUCAACCUUGAGAAACCCGAGUGAUCGUGCAAAGCUAAGCCAAAUACCUGAAAGGAUGUCCAUAGCUCUUAACAGCCAUAAAAAUGCAGUCAAUGCUCUCAAUUGGUCGUCCAACCAUGGUAUGCUUAUUUUUUCACUUAUGUUCUCCCCUCAUUUAUUCAUCUUGUUUUUGUAACCCAAUAUUUUAACUGCAACUCGCAUAUCAAUCAUAGUGAGCUUUAUGUGAUUUUGUAAUUUCUGCAACUUUAUUCAUCUGUAAUUGAGCUGGAUGUAUGUUUGAGUUUGAAAAUUAGGUAAUGCAAUCACUGUUGGUUUCACUACCCUAAUUUGCUGGGAUGUUGUUGCCCUGUUGACGUCUUUGCUAUAGUCAAUCUACAGGUCAUCUUCUUGCAUCUGCUGGGAUGGAUCACACUCUCUGCAUAUGGAAUGUCUGGAGCAGAAGCCAGAAAACAGCUCAUACAUUUAGGUUCCACAGUGCAGCAGUAAAAGAUGCACGAUGGUCCCCUCAUGGAUUCACUGUACUCUCCUGUGGGUACGACUGUUCUUCCAGAUUGAUUGACGUGGAGAAGGGAAUACAGACUCAGAUUUCUCAGGAAGAUCAGGCAGUUCUGGUUGUGAAGUUCACAGAAUUCAAACCUCUUCCUUUCUGGAGGCUCAGCUGGAAAAAUAAGAUUAUGGGAUAUUAGGACUGGGAAUGUUUUCCAUGAAUACAAGCGAGGUCUAGGUCCUAUUCUUGAUGUUGACUUUACAAGAAAUGGGAAGCAGUUUAUCUCGUCUAGUGAUGUUUCUGGAGGCAACGUCACUGAAAAUGCAAUUAUUGUUUGGGAUGUUUCACGAGAGGUGCCAUUGUCAAACCAGGUAAAAUAGGCAGCAUCUUUGUUUUUUUAUAAGUGAUGAGGAGGCAGCUUCUUUUCUUAACCGUAGACAUCAUGCUAUUACCAAAUUAUGUUUGCUUAAUUAUUGAUUUAUUUAAUCAUGUGCAAUUUCUCUAUGAUUACAGUGAAAUCUAUAUAGAUGCAGAAUUAGAUGAAAGGUUAACUGAUAGAAGAACAGCAGUUAUUGUAACUUAACUUAGAUUCUUGUUGGAAGAGUAGCCCCAGUAGUAUAGCCCAGUAUACCUGCAGGCCAAGCUGUAAACUUGCAGACUGCAGUAGCAUAGGCAAAUUGCACAGCAACCAACUACAUAUGAUGUUUAGACAGCUUGACUAUGAGAACCCUGAUAACCAUGGUACUAAUGUAUUAGUAUAGUACAAAACAGGAUUCAAUCAAUUUUUAUGUGUUUGUAUGCAUGUCCUUGUUACUUUGCCAUGUUAUCAUAAUUCACGUCUUUUUUACUUGUACAGGAUUAAUUUUGAUAAAACUGUUUCAUUGUGUAUAAGUAACAUAGUUUUACAGAACUUUGAAUAUAUACAAUAUGAUGCUCGGAGAUUAGAUUUCCUGCAUGCCAAGUUUCUACCUUGGAUGCUCAUUAUAAAAUGGUGUGCUUAUCUAAAAAAUGUGGUGGUCAUUUAAGUAAAACUUGGCCCUGUGACUUCAUCCUUUUGUAUGAGGAUACUUGCUAGAAGCUGGCUUUCUCGCCAUCUUGAGGCACAAAGGUCAGGAAGAAGCAGUGAAGAUAUGUUUUUCACUGAGAUGCUGGACUUUCCUGUGUCCUUGUGGCUGCCCUUACAAAUUAUUUCCUUUCCUGCUAUGUGACUCACAAAUUCACUAAAGUAAUUCACUUGAUUGAAAGAUUGUUGUUCCAAUUCAUGACAUUCCUCGGUUCCACAUAGAUGUUUUAGGGACAUUGUUCGAUAAACAUUCUUCGUUGGGUUCUGAACUUUUUAUGUUACUGUUUUCUUUUUUCUUUUUUACCAGGUUUAUGCCGAAGCCUUUACCUGCCCCUGCAUCAGGACCCACCCAUACGAUCCAUCAUUCAUCGCCCAAUCCAAUGGGGAUUACAUUGCAAUCUUCUCUUUAAAAAUCCCCUUUCAAGCUAGACAAGUACCGAAGGUACGAAAGUCAUGGGGUGUCUGGAUUUCCAAUCAAGUGCGAUUUCAGUUUGGACGGUGAGAAGAUAGCCUCAGGCUCCUCAGAUGGCUCAAUACACUUCUACAGAUACAGGUCAUCAGAGCUUAUCAGGAAAAUAAAAGCAUACGAUCAACCCUGCACGGGAGUUGCUUUCCAUCCAGUCAUGCCGAAUGUGAUUGCUUCGUGUAGUUGGGAUGGGAAGAUCUCAAUCUUCGAGUGAUGUAGUUUGUUCCAAUUACUUCAUUAUUGUCACAGCAGCUGGAAAAGGGUGGUGAUGAGCAAUCUGGCCCAGGUGAUGCAUUCUUCAUGUUAUGAAACUCUCGUUUUCCAAAUUCUCUGUGUUGUUGCUUUCAUUCAUGCAGGGAGCCUGGAAAGUUUCAUGUGGGUUGUAACCCCAGACAGUAAGAUGUGGGUAUGCUGAAUAAUUUGGAGUGUGGUCGAGUGACCAUCACUUUGGUGCAGGGUUGGGAGACAAAAGGUUGAAUUGAUGGUGGGGUGAGACAGUUACAGGUUUACACCUCCCAUUAUUCGCAUGCGUGCAGUAGGGGCUCACUACUUAGUACCAAUGGCUUUCUUGUAUGUAUGUGUGUGUGACUGUGUGGUUUGAUAGUUUACUCUCCUUUUUUUCAUGUCAGCAGUGGAACCUGAGAAAGUGAAAUGUGAUUUUUGGCUUUGGGUUUGACAGUACUUUCAGGAAAGGGGAAGGAGGGUGGAAAGAAUGGAAGGCGAUAGGCAUUGAAGCUGUGAGUCCACAUCAUUAGCUUGCUGGCUGGCUUGGUUUCCACUCUGAAUGGUCACUGUCUCAUUUUUGUGGAGAAACAUAACCUGAAAUAUCUCUUCUUUUCUUCUUUUUUGCCGUAUGGAUAAGCCCUAGCAUUAGCCCUUAGCUUGUCAUGGAACUGCAUUCUGAUUGAAUACCAUGGAUGACUUUCUUUACUUGAUAACUGAUUGAAGUUGAUGACUUCAUGAGCUCUUGCUGUUAUGUCUUUGUUUUGGAACCAUCAGGCGUUGUCUGUCACUACUCACCAGUAACAUAUAGAAUUGUCCAGAAGCAUUGUUGUGGAUGUAAGAACUGGAAUUUCUACUCUAUGUUCAUAGGCUCUAGUCUAGGCCUUGUUCGUGAGAAUUGAACAGCAAGGAGAAAAAGCCUGCAAUUAUGGGCGAUAAUUGUACGUGGGAGUUGGGGGACAGAGUGUGUCCUGUGCCAGUACAGAUGAAUAAGACAGUGCCAAGCGUGGAAAACUCUUUAUGGCCAGGCCCUGGCCGUUGAGGUCCAAACCAAAAACAGUGACUUUUCCCCCCCUGUAACAACUUAACCCAGUUUUGGUGUUUGUGAUCACAGCAUGAACGUAGGGGCGGAACGACCUCUCGAUCUACUUACUGCAGCCCAGGAAUAAAAACGUCCACGUGUUGGGCGCUCCACAGCCGUUUCCAUUCAACGACCGUAGAGUCUCCAACACGUGAUCCGACAGCUGGAGUCCUUGCGAGCACAUUUUCAUAGGCACUCUGUGAGCACUAUAGUCGGAUUGAAUACAUGGCAUGAAUUACUACAAUCAUAGUCACUAAGUCACGCUUUUCGAGUUUUGCAAAUAUAGUUACUGGAAAACAAAUUUGAUUGCUCCGUCUGCACCCAAAAUGAAGAAGAUAACCAUGGUCCAAUUGUCGAUAUGGUAAGAGCUUUUAAGUAAUUCAGAUCUAUGCACUUUAAUAUUGUCGUCUUAUCGUCGACAAUACUAAAUCAAUGGUUUAUCGAUCAAUACGAGAAAUUAUAUUUGUAUCUCAAUUGAUUGUUUUGUUGUGUGUGUCAAGCAAGUUCAUUUGGCGAACGGAUUAAGAAUUUGAUCCACCCGAGCAAAAAAGGUUAACCAGCUGGAUCACCCUUAUCACAAUUCCACUCAACUUUUGCGAAUUUUUAACACGUAGAAAUAUCAUGAAAACUUUUUCUAGUACACCAUCAUCCUUUUAGUACUAUGCACACAAUCUUUCAAGCAUUGCAUCGUAAGUUCAUAACUAUCUGUAAAAGGAAAGAAUAAAAAACAAAGAACUUCUAGUUUCAACCUUCAAUCAUAGUAAUAUAGAGACCAAAGUUUUCCUUAUUUUUUGUUCAUCAUCUACUUAUCCGUCGACAAUGUUCAAGAAAUACGUCGAGAGCUCAGAGCCCUAGUUAGUGCCUAGCACAUACAUGAUCCAUUCACCUUGAGUAGUUAGUUUACAUCAUCAUAAAGAUGGCAUACAUAAUGGAAUCAAAUCAAAGCUUGCUUUUGUACAGAUCGAGAGCACUUCAAUCCAAUGAGGAGGUUUCCAUUACGGGUUGGGUUCACCAACUUGGGUUGCGAAGUGUACGAAAUGCUUGUGCAAAAUGCAGUAAUGCAAAUGCCAAUCCAAGAUGGCCACAGAAAAGAAGACGUCGAAUCUGUCAAAAGCACACCACAUUUGACAAAAUGGCAACCCCAUCAUGAGGAGAGCCCUAGCUAGCUAGUUAGCCAUGAUAAUACGUCUAUAAUAUUGGUUGCUCGUUAACUAAACAAAACCCUAAUAUAGUAUUCAACAGUUUUCCAUCAAUGAAGGGGAGAAAGGCAGGGUGGUGGAGGGGCAGAGAAAGAGAUGAGACUAGAAAGCAUAAUAAGAGGAAGACAAGCUAGAGGGAUUAUUGAGGGUUCUCAACCGAUCUGACAGUUUCGAGCGUCUGAGGGCGAUCUUUCAAUUGGACUCGACUCAAUCACGACGACGGCGAUACAGUCGAUCUCGACAUCAUCUGAUCAGAAGCAUUCAUCAAACAUUACUGUCUCUGCCUUAUCAUUUACAGUCUCAUGCAUCGAGUACUGGAUUGUUAGGAUUUCUCAUAACUAUAGAGAGGAAAUUUCGUACCGGGUUAUUUAGAGUCCCAAAAAUUUUUGAUUCCACAAAAGACAUACUGACUCUAAUCUUCAUUAGCGACUGUGUACAACUUAAUCAUAAUUUUUUUUUUGUACAAUAUUAAUAUUACGAGGUAGCGGUGAUUUGACUGAAGUAGAGGAAGAAGAGUAGAGGGUGUGAGGGCAAAAUGGUAGAGAAGAAUAAAAUAUUAGGGCAACGACAUAAUUAUUGAGGGUGUGUAGUUCUUUCUAAGCUUAAAUUAAAUAUCAUACAUUGUUUAAUAUUAUAGUUGUACAUUACAUGAGCUAUGGAGGUCAAGAUUGGAGGAGGAGGGGGGACAAGGCCACACCACUCUUUCCCUUUUUAGAUGAGACUUUGGUGGUCUAUAUAAUUGGAACCCCUAACCCACCCCAUGCAUUUUGUUCCAAUAAAGCCUCCCAACUUCCAACUCCACCUCCUAUGGUCAUCAACAAGCCAACACCCUCCCCACAAGUCAAUAUUACUAUAAGCAAGUUUCUUAGGUCGCAUUAAUUCGUUACAACAUAUUCAAGAGUCUCAAGCUCAAAGGUUUCGUGUUGAAAUGAGUCUCUAACUUAGAGGUUUCGUGCUGAUAAAAUUAUGACAAUACCAGCUUCGAAAAACAUACGUAAAUUUCAAAUUCACGAGGUUGGUUUUCAUUUGGAGGACAUUUAAAAAAAUGAUAUGAGAUAUGUUCUUAAACCCUCUAAUAACGAGAGUUAUUGAGAUGUAUUGAUUCUUCCCAUACUAAGCAUCAGCCAGAUUGUAAGGACAUUCCGAAAAUUCAUGACUAGACUAAGCAUUUUACCUAGCUAUGUAUGGUUGGGAUUAGAAGGAAAGUUUGCACCGUGAAUUAGGCUUUGCCGUAGACCAAAUCUAAAAAGCACAUAGGGUAUUGAUAUCACAUCCAACCACUACUAUAUCCAUCUUCAUGGAUUACAUCCCUUGUAUACUUAAAUUUAGGUUUCUACUUUUAGCAUAAUAAACUAACUAAUUGGGUCUUAGGUUAUGAACAUCUUGUGUUCAUCAUUUUCCAAUCUUAAGGGAUGGCUCACACAUAUCGUGUUUCGGGCAUCCAAUUGAGAAUGUUGGAAUGCUUUAAGUGAUCUGAUUGUCGAGCGGUACAAGUGGUAAUUACAAGAGUCUUGUUGUCUGUGGCAGUAAACUAGCACAUAUUAUCCUAGUGAACUACGUUAUUUCAUGUAUUUAGUUUUCUUACUCUGUCGAUUCAUUGUCGGCGGUAACAGAUAAGGUAAUGCAAAUGCAUCAUCAAUAAAGGAAACCUUAGUUUAUUAUAUCAACAUAGCUAGAUAGCUAGGGUAGCACAAUCAAGAGGAAGCCAACAGAAGCAAAUGUGCAUUUAGAGAACAUGAAUGGUCCACAAAUGUCUAAUGGAAAAACUUAUAUAAAUGUGCUAUGCUAUCUCUUUGACUCUUCUCCCCCUAUAGCCAUUUUUAAGUGAGGAACUCACUUUUAUAUAAUGCAACUCAUAGCUAGCUACCUAUAUAUAAUUUGGAUCCUAAUAUAAUGGAUUUUUUCAAAACAUAUCCUGUUUAUUGAUAAAUUAAUUAAUUAAUUAAUUAAUUAUUCAAAUGGAUAGACUAUAAUAUGUACAUAUAUUCAUUCAAACUUCCAUAUGACUAUGUUCCCCACUUUAAUUGGUCUUAAGAAUAUACACCACACCCUUUCCUCCAUCUACAGAAUCUAGCACACACUCCACACCACCUGUCUCUUUUUGUCUGGCCAUUAACUUAAUUUCUUCCCACAAACAACAGAGAAGUAGAGAACAAGUCAAAAUAUCAAUGGUAUAUUGAGUUAAAUUCAACGAGGAAAUUAAAUAUAUAAUUUUGGUCAAUGAAGUGCAUGCAUAGUAGUCUUAUCCUAAUGGAGGGGAAGAGAUCUCAAAUAAUUUGGACUUGCAAACAGUAAGUGUUUUUUUUUUAAUGAAUCUGGUAUUUUCUUUUAUUGGGAGAUAAUAUGUAAAUGAUGAAUCGACUACGAUGAAAGAGUACACGAAAGGUGGGACAUGAUACAUAUGGGAAUGCUACACAAAUUUAAUUAUAGUGGCUGGAAGGAAUUUAGACUUCAGUUGUACUACAUCAACUAAGAUCGGAUGUUGAUCAUGGAGAAGUGAGUUGAUAAUCUAUACAUCAUUAAGUCACUAUAUCAAAUAUUUGCUCAAUAUAUUCAUAUUAUAAUCUGAGGUCAGAUGUCCAAUGUGGCCUGACCUCUUGAAUUUCACAUAGUUAUGCUUCUGAAUUGUCAGAUAUUUCAGCAAGCCAAUCAAACUCAGUUCGUUCAACGAAUCACGUAAAGAUGAAAAUAUCAUCUUAACUCCAAAGUUUUACAAUGAGUUUGAAUCAUAUCAACAGGUGGUGACCAUGCAUAUAUGUUCGUAGCUCUAACAACUAACAAGAACUACUUGAGGGAGGGGGCAAUAGAGUGCAAGAAGGGGGGGGGGGGGGGGGGAAAUCCCCCCACUUUCGCCUCUUUUAUGGGUGUACUAGAGAAAUCUCUGUUCGAUUGAUAAAAUGUUAAGCACAUUUGACAAAACUGAUCGAAUCGUAUCGUACAAGCGGUUCACCCUCCUCCGUGACUAUAUAAUUCACCACCUUCUUCCAUAAUGUAUAUAGCUAGGUAACUCACCAAUUAUAUGCCUCAAUAGCAUUUACCUAAUGAAGCAACAAGGCAAAGACCAAUGAUGCAAGGUGUAAAGGGCUUGGGGGGAUCAUGAACAAACAAGAAUGAAGCAACAAGGCAAAGAUUGUGGCUGAUUCAUAUGGCAAAUUGGAUGGAACCAUCAUUAUGUAUCAGAAAAAAAGUAAAAGUAGAGAGCAAAAGGAUCAUGUCUGAAAUGUACACUGUGCCCUUAUAACUGUGCCUGCAAUUAUAUACUCUCUUUAAGUCUAGAGAGAGAGAGAGAAUGUGCAGAAUAUGCAAUGUACUUGUGGAGAAACCGAGUGUGUUGGUCUUGGCCAGGACCCACUGGCCGGCCCAACCGGCGACAAGAAACAAUGGGCUCAAAGGUUUACAGUCUUCAGCAAAAACGGAUGGGGUGCAAAUUGGGCAAUUAUGUGACCAAAAGUAGACAUGCUCAAAAAAAAUAUUGUUUAUGGUAAUCACUAGCUUGAUUGUUAUGUACAUCUACCCCAAAUUAUUUGUUUUUGUAGAUAAGUUGAUGGAACAUUCUUUGACUUUUAACACAUCUGCAGAUACAAUUAUGCUUGGUAGAAUCAAGAAUUUGUUGUCCUAGAAAGAAACUUACUGUGCAUUUUCAUAAGUUAGGGGGUCAUCUGGACGCGAUAGAUUUAAUAAAUGAGGCGAUUUCAGUUCAUGUGGAUUUAUAUUGGUUUUUCAUCUGUGCUUGACACGUUCUACAUGAUACCUUUAAUUCCUGUUAUCUGGUCACCUAAAAAAGCUAUAGGGAAGAACGACCUCGAGACAAAAAUAUCCUUAUUGUUAAGUUAAAUCUUCCAUCUAAGAAGCUAGCACCGGCACAUGUGUUUCGAGUUGAAAUAAGUCGUUCUUGUGUUGGAUACUGGGAUUUGAGCUAGCCUCAUGCCUCACCCCCUCCUCGAUCAAGAAGGGACGAAUUUAUCUUAUAAUCUAUGUGACUCGAUUUUCCUCUCUCGGGUGUUGUUACUGAAUGUCAUGUACUCAGUAAUCCAAUUCAUUUUUAGAUUUACUAAAAAUUAUGUAAUCUUUAGAUCAUGACUUUCCUUCAAAUCUCUAUUAUUUUGUGAUAAUACUCAUCAUAUAGGAUAAUACCCUAACUAAGAUCGUAUGUUUGUACCCUAGUCAAUGUGUUUCUGUUAUCAACUAAUAUCUCCAAAACUCAAAAAUUAAAUUUGAGUACCAAAUCCAGCAUCCUAAUCCAUCACCCACACAACCUUUUAAGACAAUAGAAAUAAAUCAUUACUUUAGGAGCUCAUAUAUUAGAAAGAAAGGCUAAUUAAGUUGUCUCCACUUUUGGAUCCAUCUUGUCACCUUUGUCUUUUCACUUUUCCCCCCCAACCCCAACUUUGAUUUUGGAUCAUCAAAUUAAACCCUCUCAUUACCCUAAUCCUAAAUGGGUUUUCGAUUGUAGUCCUACUAGACCAGACCACAAUCAGUACUACUAUUAACCAAUGAAAUAUUGGGCUUUUACUCGACGGUAUCAUUCUAAUGCAAACUGAGCAGCAGGCACACUCAUUCUAAUUUGAAUCAUAAUCAUAAUCACCAUAUGUUUUUGCUUCCUAGUUAACUUAUAUUAAUUAAUUAAUUAAUUAGAAUCAUAAUCAUCAUAUCAUAGGUUAUUUUAUGGUCUCUGUGUGCAUGAAAUUAUGCAAUUUAAGUUAUAGGCUUUGCCCAUCGAAAUGAUUCUGGUUUUUAGGGGUUGUUUUCUUUACCUGUUUAGGAAAUAAUCCCUAAUUACGAGCCUCACUGGCUGGCCGGCGGCCGAAACCCUACCUUUCCGUUCUUCUAUUUUGGUUUGUCGGUUGUUGGCUUUCAGUUACGGGAUUGUCACUAAAAGGUAUUCGCCACCAAAGUUCGUCCUUUCGUGGCCAGUUACGUCCGUCGCAAAAGAGCGUUUCUGCGGGUAUACAAUCACCAUGAAAGAAACAUGGAAGAAACAAAACUAGAAUAAUGCUAAUAAAUUAUAAACUGUUUUUUUUUUUUUUUACGAAUUGAAAUCCUACCGAGUAGGAUUUGGGGGUUUGCUCUUCCAAAAACCACAUGAGUGUUUACCUUAUAGUUGUGAUGGGGCCGAUUGAACUAAAAAAUUAGAUUUGAGUUUGGAGAAACUCAAUCCGAUCCGACGCCCUUCGAAGUGGUUAAAGCAUAUGGUGGUGACAUAUUGAUAAAAUAAUCAAGUUUCUUGUCACGUUAGGUGAUAAGAUUACCUGAUUCACGCAUUUUUUCUCAUUUAUUCACGCCAUAUUUGUGUUAUUCACGCCAUAUUGACGUUAUUCACGUAAUAGUGUUGCUUAUUCAUGCAAUCAAUAUUUGUUUAGUCACGCAACCUGCAGGUGUUUAUUCACACACGUUGUUAUUUACUCACGCCAUUGUAAAAUUAAAUUUUAGACUUUAAAAUAUAUCAAAAUGGAUGUCAUUGUGUAGAUUAUGAUCAAUGCAACAUAUUUUUACACACUAAUUGAGUAUCCAAAUUUAAUUCCAUAAAAUAUAGCCAAUACAAAUUAUUAGAUGAAAAAGUCUAAAUUUUCAUUUACGUGAAUAACUUACACUUUUACGUGAAUAAACGUAGAAUGAAGUAAAUACACACCAAAUGUUUUAUCACCUGACAUUCCAUUGAUAAAUGAUAUUAACGUGGGAAGAUAGGAGUUGAAUCUCGGGAUCCAUCCCCCAAUUAAUUUAGGUAUGAAUCAUCAUUAUCCAGCCAGCUAAUGAAUGGGAACAUACAACUAAUUAAUUAACAAAGGGGAAUUAGGGCAACAGGAUCCUGGCUUAACGAUCCAACGAUGAUCUCCCUCGAACCUUGGGCUUCAGCUUCCACACCGCGCGCUACUCUGUUCGCUGGUCGGCACAUUUCUUUUUUUCGUUUUCAGGCGCUAUAGUAAGUCUUGGAUCGAAUAGACUGCUAACACGUAAUAUAUUAGUACUAUUACUACGAUAAAUGGGUAAUCAUUAUGUGGCAGUUUGUUUUUCACUCAUAUAUUCUACUCUUAAGAAGUAAGUCCCCCCCAAUUUGGAAAGACAUUCUUUUAUACCCCCACUCUCUCAUUUCAGAACCUUUGUGUUUAGUUGUUGUCUAUUGGGUCUGCAUCUAUUAAUGUUUUAUGAGUUUUCCAUUAUCAUUAUCGUCCACUAGGUUUUCAACUAUUGUUCGUUGGUUUCUCCGUGAUAGUUACUAUCCACUGAGUUUUCAUCUAUUCUCUGAUGAUUCGCUGGCCAAUUCACGACCUAUCUAGAAACACUGUCGCCGGAAUCCUAAGUUUUUUUCCCCUUCUACCGUUUGCCACGGUCGUUGAUUUUUUGGCAUUGUUAAUUCCGUCUUCCAGGACGUAUCUGAACAAUCUAUUGUACUUUAAAAAAAAUAUAUUAACAUUUAGGAACAAUUUCAAAUUCUAUUUUUAUUAAACUAAUCACAAUUCACAACCAUCCCAAAACAACGAACUACCCUUUCACUUUUCAAUCAACGUACAUUCAAAUUAUUAUUUUUUUAAAAUAUGAAAUUCUCAUUAACACGCGCGAAGCGGUAGCGAACUAACAUAUACUAGAUAUAGUGGAAGCAAGCAAGCAACAUGACAUAUUAUCAUUAAAUAGGAAAAAAAAAUACAGGAAAAUAAAGUCUUAAGGUCAAAGAUAUGCAUUUUCUUCUUUUUUCUCUCCAUACUCGGCAACAUUCCCCACAGAAGAAGCACAGACUAAAUAAAUAAUGGUUUCUUCCGGCGCUGACAUAAUAUAAUAAACUCCGGCCAGCCUCACGGAGGAGCAUCCUUCCUCUAAUCCUUCCUCGUGUAGUGUGGGCCCCACAUCCGCCACCCACGAUUAGUUAAUAUGGUAUGUCGCCCCCCGUUGACUCAAUCGCCUGCCGGCGUACGUGUCCAAAGAUUCGGUCGAUAACAUAUUUCCGGCGGAUCCGAUGGUAUGAUUUGUCGACCCCGUUGACCGUUCACCUGGCAGCUGGGUGCCGCCGCUCGAUCGAUCAGUCGAUAUAUGUUGGGGGUGGUAGCCGUCAGACGGUGUGAACGGUCGGGUCAGGUCCACGGUGGUCGAACCAUAUACGUGGCGCGGUAGGGCUGGUUAUUUGGUUCGAACUUUUUGGUUUUACUCAAAAUCGGACCUUAUAACUCGAACCGAGACUGGAUAGCAAACAAUCCAAUCCAAUCUUUGGCCCUAGAUUUGAGGUAAAAACCGUUUGGGACCGGACCGAAAAUCGGAUAAAGACGGGAUAAGGGA